AUGUCUGCACUGAGUAAGUACUUUGAGCAGGCGAUCGCGGACGCUACCUGCCGGGAUAUACUGCAUCCCGGGAUCGGUUGUGAGCAGUUCGCGUGGAGCAACCUGCUCGGCACCGUUCGCUCGAACGUACACUUCUUCCUGCCGAUCUCGCUGCUCCGGCUGGUGCUGCUCGUCUACAAUCGGCGUGCAGUGUCGUCCGAAAUUCUGCGCCAAACGUCCCGCGAAUUCGGUGCCAUGAUGGUGAACGCACUCUGCGUGGCCAACUGCUGGACCGGGAUGUUUUGCUUGAUGAUGCGCACCACGGGCCGGAUUCACGACAACUUUUCCGUUUCGCUGGCACCGCUGCUCGGUUCGUGCGCCAUGUUUCUUAUGCCGGCGUACGUACAGACGACCCACGCCAAGGCCAUCGUCGUUGCGAACCUCGAGUGUUGGAUCAAAUCGCGCGAAGGCAAGCUUGUCGAGUGGAUGCGCGACUCCCGUACCGUUGGUACGCUCUGCUUCAUGCUGAUCAGUGCCGGCAUUGCAAGGUACGCACGCAAAACUCGCCACCGGACAGAGUUUUGGUUCAUACAGCCACUCAAACGGAACUACAAUCAGCUGCGCCGGGAGAAGCUCGACAAGGCAGCGUGUGAACAUGGAUGCUACCAUCAGGAGAGUACUUGUGCACGCUACGUACUGAACGGCAUGCGGACGUACUUUACCUUUGGUGCGAUUCUGGAGCUAGCCCGGCGGCUUAUCGUUACCAUUGGGCAGCUACAUCAGACACCCUCGGAAAGGAUACGUUCAUUGCUGAACCUUCGCUACCGUUUGAUACUCUUCUUGACACUGUACAACGGUACGUUUCGGCUAGUGACGUGUCUGCUAGGUCAACGUCGUAGGCAGGUGAAGGAGUACGAUAACACAAUCGCCGGUUUCGCAAGCGGCUUUUGGUAUUAUGUGUGUCCGAGCUACAACAUCUUCAACCUUGCCGUCUGUGCCUUAACGCAGACACACUGGAACUUCUUGAUGGAGAAGUAUGCAAAGAUUGGCCUCGUACAGCGGCUUGAUCGUGUAUCCUUCUCAUCACUCGUGUGGAUCAUCUCGAUGUGCUACGUCACCUAUUCCCGUGCCUACUACCCCUGGGCAAUGUCUAAGUUUGCCCUCAAGUUUAUAGAUAUCUGUUCAAACUAUGCCUCUCGAACUGCGUCAGAGAAUUUCGCUGCUCGAUACUUUGCCGCUCAAUGAUAACACGUCUUAGGAUGGGAUGCUGCCA